CAUUACUCUCGCCCUUGUUGUUGCACGGUCAGAUUUGAUGGUAGGACCAGGGAAGAGCGCAGGAGCAGCUAUGGCUAAAAGCGAUGGAAGCGAUUACUUUAGAAGAACCAGCCUGUUUUGGAUUGUCGCUGUGACACUCGGCAUGGGAUAUUUCACUUGCACAGUGUUUAUGCCUGAGAAGAUCCCAUUUGGCCAACUUGGUGCAUUUGGCACCUUCUGUAGCUACCUUGUGGAGAACCAUGGUGACAUUAUGUACAAAGGGUGGCUGGCAGCCUGGGCUGUUCAUGCCUUUGAAGCCUUCAUUGCAUUAAAAAUGUGCAGUAACAAAGGCAUCAACAACACGGCCACUCGCUACCUGUGGUUCGUCCAGACCCUUCUGUUUGGCUUCGCCUCCCUUGGCCUGCUCCUCAAGUACAACCCAGAGCGUCGCAAACACCACUGAAACCAGCAGUGGAAGACAACAGCGCAUGACUGACUUUAAAAUCUCCAUUCCCGGUGCCUCUUCUUUCUCCUAUGUGGCUUGAAUUCCCACUCAGGUGUGAAGCAAUAGGCUUGAGCCUUUUUCCUACGUAGCUGCUUAAAAAAACGGUAUUGAAGUGUAUACUUUAAUUUUUCACACGAAACUGUGAUUAACUCUAUCAUUCCAUAGAUUUUAUAUGCUAUAAUAACAGAAAUAUAAUGUGAUGAUAAUAUUAACACCAAUUGCUUAAGUAUUAGUUUUACUCAUGAGCCUGAGCUGAUAAUUUAGUGCAAUACACAAAGAAUCGUACCAGCUCUCAUGAUGUUUACAUUCAGCCUGGAUGGAGGCAGCAGGAAUAUUUUCCCACUUGCUGCGAUGAACAUAAUGUCAGACAGGUUGGCUGCAGAUGGUGCUCUGCCAUCGGGAUAAAAAUAAAGAGAGCGACUGGAUGCGUGUUUUAAAUUCACAUUUGCCUUUCUCACACUGAGCUUGAGUUUCUACUGUGCAGACUAAACAAAGUUUUAAAUAUUAACACUGCAGAAUAAAGUGACUCAAACUGCA